AUGGUCCAGCGGCGGGGAGGCGGCGGAAAGGAUGGGGCAACGGGAAUGGCAGAGGAGGCGCACGUGCCGCUGCAAGCCAUCCUAUUGGCUGACAGCUUCGCGCAGACAUUCCGACCAAUCACGCUGCGCAAACCCAAGGUGGGCGCGCACGGCUACUUAGAUGCGACGCUGCGGCUGGCGCGCGGGGCAAUGGUGGACUACAUACCGCUCGGCUCAAAUAGCCAAUCGCCCGUUGCAAUGCCGCACAACGCCGCUCCCUCUCCACCCCACACCCUCACACCUCACUUCCUGCUGCACGCAGGUGCUGCUACCCGUGUCUGGCGCGCUCAUG